AUGUCAAUGCAGUCAUAUUCUUCCCUCAUGCCUAUGCCCAUCCCGACAAAAUCAAUGACUAACUUUGCUCCGCCCCCACUACCUCCACCAUCGCAUAUCACGGACCUCGAAGAUGGCCACGAUGCCGGUUGGCUAUUCGCGAAUGCUAAAAACCCUCCCGGGUCCGCUAAGCUUGCGCCGAUCAAUCCCGGCUCGAGUUUGCUCGGGGGCCAUCGCCGCUCGGAAGCCGUGUUCAAGACUGAUCGAAUGGACUUGGAUGACCUGGAUGGAAGACAGAGUGGACUACCUGUGUCGACAAGUCCGGAGGCGCAUAUCAAAAUUGAACCCCCACCACGAAUGGAUGAAGGAUUCCGAAACUCUAUAACAAUCAACCCCCCCGAGUCAAUCUUGAAGGGCGAGCGGGAUUUUUCGCGACGGAGCGUGAAAGAUUCAUCUGUUGCAUAUGAUCAACACCUUCUUUCGAAGAUAGGCAAACCAGUGUCUCCUCGACAAUCCAUCAGCCUCGGAAGCGAGGCCAAAGGUGCCAUGCCGACCCUUCCGAUCCCUUCCAGAAACUUUGGGGGCCUACCCUCCCCAGGAGGCUCUGAAGGCUCAACCCUUGACGUACGAUGGCCGAAUAGUACUCAUUCCGGCGGAGUAUCGCCUGGGAGCAAAGUUGGCUGGAAGGACUAUCUCGACUAUCGAAGCCCUAGUGUGGAAAGCAGCGCUCCGUCUUCUGCGAUCGAGUACGAUCACUCGGCCUUUCUGCGGGACGUAUACCGACGCCGGGGAGGUGGAACAACACCGCAAAGCGAGGAAACUGUCAGCUUACCUAGUCGGUCGACCCGCGGAAGUUAUGAUCAGGGCAUAUUUUCGGAUAUCGAAGGCGAUUUCUCGACCGACGAUUCAUUGCCCUCGCGAUAUUUUCACAUUCGAGAGGCAACACCACCCUAUUUGGACACUUCAAAGUCAGGCAUUAAGAGAAGGGCCUCUUCACCCCCACGUGAGCCAAUGAAUGAAGACAGACACGCGCUGCAUGUGACUACAAGCAAUGGCGAUCUCUCUCAGCGCAGAACUUCAGGACAUCCGUUCACCAACAAUCUUUCGGUCAAUGGUACUUUCUCUCCUAGUCGCGGGAGUCUAUCUGCUGCAUCGUCGUUGAGCUUGAGAACAUCAGGAUCCUACUCGUCAGCAACGAUCUCUUUGGGAGAAAGCAGUAUGACGAGCAUCUCUACCUAUGACCGGCCGUCACCAGGGGGUCUGUCUCCAAACUCCGAUUUCGAAGCUUUCCAUGAUAAAUCCCCUGUCGUGUCGACUUCCUCUGGUGCCCUCCCUCCUCGAAUGGAUGCGAGAACCAUGCAAGCUUCGAACGCCUCUAGUGGGAAUGGUGGGAGGCGACUUUCUUCACAGACCACGCUCAGUGUACCGAAACCUGCAGCACCUAAGAUGGGUGGAUUGUAUAUUUGUGAUUGUUGCCCAAAGAAGCCUAAGAAGUUCGACAGUCCAACUGAGCUACGUUCACAUGAGUUGGAAAAACAAUAUUCUUGCCAAUUCUGCAAUAAUCGGUUCAAAAAUAAGAACGAGGCCGAACGACAUCAAAACUCUCUCCACUUACGGCGUCAUUCUUGGUCGUGCGCGGCGUUACUGGGGUAUCAAUCCGCUUUCCAUCCCUCGUCCUCCUCGACAGCGCAGGCGAAUUCGGGUCCUUCUCACGAUACCUGCGGUUACUGCGGCGAGGAAUUCCCAAAUUACCCCCAACCCGACUGGGAUAGGAGAUUUGAACACUUGACGUCGGUGCACAAAUUCGGGGAGUGCAACAAUGGCAAAAAAUUCUACCGCGCUGACCACUUUCGACAACAUUUGAAGCAUAGUCACGCGGGUACGAGUGGUAAAUGGACCAAUGUCCUAGAAAAUGCUUGCAUGAAGGAAGAAGCGCCCCUGGAUCAGAACACAACCGACAGUGGUGGAGCUGGCUCUACUGCGCCAGCAAUGACGGGAAAUCUCGCGUCAAACAAGAUCAGUGAGGUCCUUAGCACUUGUUGA